AUGAAUUCAAAUGGCAGUGCCGGUCGCGCGGCAAAGCGGGUUUUCAGCGUGCUAGUGUGCACAUCAAGCAUGCUCAGGUGCGCAACUGCCGGAUGGCUGACGGUAUCCAUAGCGCUAAGCUCAUAUGCACAGCUCUGGCGUACCUACUCCGAAUCGGCCGAUUACAUCGACAACGGAGCACCGGGGGGCGACCGAAACAAGCAACCACCAAGCACACUAGCCAGUGAGUGGCUAGUACUCCUGGUCUCAAUCAUAUCCUACAGCGGGCUGGCACUUCAGCUAGCCCUGAUCCCCAUCUACGCCCUGCGGUUAAUGCUUGCCUCUGUGCUCGUGGCUCCGAGAGCCAUCAGAGAGCCAAGCGACCUUCUGCGGUCGAUCAUCGAGUACAGCUGGGCUGUGCCCGUAUGUCUGCUGGCGGCAGUAUCGAACUUUGUUGGCAUUGUGGAUAUCACUGCGGCGCCGCUGCUCGCAGACAUCCUGGUGGGCAUCUGGCGGCUCUGCGCGAUCUUCGGCGCCGUGCUCACACUCACUGCGCUGCCAGCCUUCAUGGCAACAGCCGCGCGGUACCGGCGGCUCCCCUCCGAUGGGCGACCGAAGCUGCUUCCCUGGUACCUGCUUUUUUUGCCCGGCACUGUUGCCGGCGCAGCGGCCAGCGAAUUGACGCUUGUUUUGCCGCCAUCCCGUGCUUCGGGGGUGUUGGCUGCUGGGUAUGCGCUGUGGGGCGCCAGCGUUGUGCCCGCCCUGGUGUUCUCUAUUCUGUAUAUUCGACAGCUAAUGGCUGCUAGCAUUUUGUCGCGCGCUGUCGUAAGGCCCGGCGGAUCCUUGCUUGUUAUGCCGCUGGCGCCUGUUAGCCAGCUGGCACUGGGGAUCAUGACGCUGGGCAUCCAGAGCCAGCGCGUCUGGGCGGACACCGUUGGGCCGGCUACCGCCCCACUGCUACUGGGCGAGCUGGCCAUGGCUGCCGGAGCCAUCCUUGGCCUGAUCUUAUGGGGAGCGUCAACAGCCUGGUUUAUCAACUCGCAUAUUCUCCUCUUCACCCUACAGAGCAGCAGCAGCUCCAGCAGCAGCAACCGCCGCCGCCGUGGACUUGGAAUUUGCAUUGUUGGGAAAGUCGCCUUCAGAACAUUGACUGAUUCAUGCCAACCAGUGUAUCCGCUGGCGUCGUUUGCUCUGGCUACAGCGGUGGUCGCGCGCAUCUGGAGCUCAGUGGUUAUGCUGGCGCUGACCCGUGUUUUGAUCGCGUACUUGUCGAUUGUCUUGGCGACAGUUGGUGCUCGCAAAACUGGCCAGAUUAAUGAGAAUGAGAGUGAGCAGCUUGUAGCUGGGACCGCUGAUCCUGCUGUUGCCGAUGCUUCUGAUCCUGAUCUUGCUCCUGCUAAUGUUCAAUCGCCGUCGUCGCCAGUAUUGUACGGAACCAUUUAA